UUUUCCGUCCCUGUUCUUUGGUUCAUUGAGUGGAUCCUUUGUCUUUUGUCUUCUUCUUUUUUUUUUCCAAGUCGGUAGUUUGUUGUCUUGCUGUCUGUCCUGCUGUUCUGUGAGGUGGGAGUUUCCGUGCUAUAAAAGCCGAGGCAAGCGCGAAAUGAAGGUCAAUCCCAGUCGCCUCGUUGUGCAUGGCGCGCUGACGAUUGUCUCGGUGGUGAUGCCGAUGCGCAUCGAGGGCUUGCUCAAGUGCGACUGGUGGUACAUCUUCAUGCCGCUGCUGCUGUGGAAGGCCAUUGCGUUCGUCGGCGCGGCGGUCGGGGCGCACGCGUGGCUGAGCGAUGUUCGGCUGCGCAAGACGGUCGAACUCCUCCGCGCUCGGCAACAGCAGCAGCAGGGCUACCAGCCUCCACCAGUGUUGCUGGACAGCCAACACCAUCACACAGGAGGGCUGCUCCCUUCAACACCAGCAGCAGCAGCAGCAGCAGCAGCACAACCACCGCAGCCAGGCGCGUCAUCACAAGCUGCCGCAAUCCUGACGAGUAGACAUGUACCAUUGCCUCACCGCGCGACGACGCAACUCCGCGAAAUGCCGCCGAGCGAAGCGUACACGACAGACCGCGAGCAGCUCGCGCGGAACUGGCGCGGCUCGGGCGACCAGGAGGAGCAAGUGCUGCCCGCGGUUAGCAGCGCCGAUUGGUCUCGUGCUGAGGCCCUACUCCGGCUCACAGACAGGCAAUACCAAGUCUACGUGUCUGAAAUCACGAGCCAGUUUUCAACAAUGCUCUUCCUCACAAUCAUGCUGGGCUUGCUGCUCGGAGCAGAGAUUGUGAUUUGCCUCAAUCUCAACUCGUUCGACAGCGUUGUUAACAACCGCCCUGAACGAUUGCUCAUGCCGUGGUGGUGUGCCUUUUUGCCUCUGUGCUGCACAUCCUUUGUGGCCCUCGUCUCUGUCGUGGCUCAGCGACGACGUUCUGGCUCAGCUCUACCGUUGCUGGAGAUUACUUUCAUUGCUCUGUUCUUUGUCUUUUUGGUGGUGGGGCUCAAGCUCGAUGGUUGGAUCAACUGGAGUUGGCCGAUUGUGUAUAUUCCGAUCUAUGGCCUAUUAUUCAUCGGUAGCUUCAUUCUGACAAUGUACAUGAUCCGCGCUUGCAUUGCAAUUCGGCGCUCGCGAGACCACCGCGCUGUCGCCAUGGAGUACACGCGGCUGCUUGUCACUGCCCUCGGCGCGUUAUUUGUUUGUGUUCCGAGUCUUUUGUUUCAAAUCUUACUGCUCGUCAAGCUCAAUGGUCAUCCGCUGAGCACGUACGAGGUCUUUGCGCCGUCGACCCUCAUGUUUCUUUUCUUGUUUUCGACCGGGUUGGUCAAGCAGAAAGUUCGCGGCUGGUGGUUUGGUGCCAAUGUUAUGGAGUCUGUGUGGAGCGACACAAUGCACGAUAUCGUCGAAGAGGACGAGCUCAGUGAUGUGGACGGCACGCCCGAGCGCGGGUAUGGCACAAUCGCAACCGAGAUUUCCAGUGCACUGUCCGGCACCGCCAACCUCAUCAUCGAUGAAGACAAACGAUCCAUUGCGAGCGAGUCGAGCCUGGCAGAUUUUGCUGUGCCACCCAUAUUAUCGCUGGACGUACCUGAUUGAGCUCAGUUCCUUCGGUUUUUUAGGUUUUUAUUUUUGCUGUUCUUGACACUGAAUGACGCUUGGCCUAUCAAUUCGAUUUCGCUCCGGCUUCUUUCGUUUUUUUGUCUUGUUGUAGUUGUAUCAGCUGUUGUACAAGUAGUACUUUUUGUUUUC